GCUCCUCUGCUCCUCUGCUUCUCUCAUCUCUCAUCUCUCUCUCUCUCUCUCUCUCUGCGUGAAAGCUCUUCAGGAUAGGAAAUGGCGGAAGCUCCAUCGUUGCCGGCGAUCGAAGAAGAGAAAAUAGAUGAGGAGUUUUACGAGAAGAUCGAAGCGCCCAAGUUCGUUGACUUCACCGCACCGGAGAUUCGCCGUUCUCAUGAAGAUCGCUACUGGUUCUGCUCUCGCGUUGGAUGUGACCAAAAUCAUGAAGAAGAGUUGGAUUCUGAAGCAAUCUACAAGAAUUUUGUCCUUCGGGUUAUGGCAGCAAGAAGUCCAAAUGUUCGCCUCAGAAAAGCACUGAAUAAAAGAGAAGCAAGUGCAAAUCUGAAAUGCCCACUAACAGCUCCAGCAAAAUCUUCCAAGACAAGGGUUCAAGAUUGGCUUUGA